CCCGCAUUAGCUAGCUCCGGCCUCAUGACGUGCCAUUCCUUAGACUAGUAGGUACUAACCUAGGUAGGUAUUGUUACCUCUCGUGAGCCUUCUCCACUGUUCCUUCAUCAUCAGCUUUCCCUUGUCAACUUAUUAGACACACGCAGCAGGUUCACGGUACAUCUCGACAACUUCAACUCUGCGCAAUAUCAAUAUAUAAGUAACUCCGAUACCUCUUCCAGUUUGGCAUUGCCCUUCGACUGCCUCAGGGCCCCGCAUCAUGGGGCUGGCUUACAACACCUACCUGAAUAGCAGCAAGAUCUACGGCUGCAAGACAUGCAAGGCCCAUCUUGCUAACCAUGAGGAUAUCAUCAGCCGCAAUUUCCGCGGUCAACAUGGCAAGGCCUAUCUCUUUCACAACGUUGUCAAUAUCGAGACGGGUCCUCCGAACGAACGUAACAUGACGACCGGUCGACACGUAGUCCGUGAUAUUACAUGCCGUCAGUGCAAGGAGACCGUUGGAUGGAAGUAUGAUAAGGCUUACGAAUCUUCGGAGAAGUAUAAGGAGGGAAAGUUUAUUCUUGAGGCUGAGCUGCUAUGUAAUGUUACUUGAGGCUUGGCUGUCGAGGCACCUCCCAGCUUGCUCAUUGGCUGCUUCUGUCUCAGGCGUUAUCUGUAUAUUGGAUGCACAGGCGUUGACUGCAUUUUUGGGUGGACUAAACACCGCUUUUGACCAUGACAAGGACAAACCAGACAUAGUUGAGUUUCUUAGCCAUUGGAUCUGAAUUUCAAUAUGAUAAACUAUUCGACUAAAUCUUAUACUCCCAACCUGGACGCCGUUCGAACAUGCAGAUGAUUCCAAAACUCGGGCUCAACGAGAUAUGUUAUAGUAUCACAG